GGAAGAGGAGGAUGUGCGGAUUGAGGGUACCUUUGCCUACCUUCCUCCCGAGGUGGUCCGGGACGGGGCGGUGCCUGACGCGCUGAGUGACUCGUGGGCCUUGGGCUGCUUGCUCUUCCAACUGUUGAUGGGUCGCCCACCCGUGUUCACUGAGCACGAUACAAGCCCGGAUACGGACAUCAGAGAGCGCGUUGUACGCUUUGCAGAAGGGCAAAAGGUUAAUGGAGACUUCGUCUUUGGAGAAGCUUUCCUGAACACAAGCAGGACUGCCCUUACUCUCAGCGACGACGUAAAAAGCCUGAUAAAAUCCCUGCUUAAAGUUGAGCGAAACGAGCGCAUCCCCGUCGAAGCCGCCGCCAAGCAUGCUUUUUUCACAAAUCAUUGUGUAAAUGUGCAUUUGCUGUACCAAGGACCUGCAGUUCAAUUAGUUCACGGGGCAGCCGGGCCCACGCCAGAUGCAGCAUGGAAUCGACGCCAAUUUUCAGCAAUCUGGGCGCCUUUACCUGGGAAGUAUAAUUUUGUUUCCAAAUCGUACACACUGGGUCCUAUUGCAGAGACAGACAUUGAGCGUGACUCACUAUUCUGUUACGAAAACAAUAAGCUUUUGGAGGAAGAAAAAGGAAAGACGCCUGAAAGGUGUAACAUCGGUCUGCCCCUGCCACCCAAGAGACCUGACGGAAGGUAAAGAGAUGAGAUACCUUAGUAAGCACGCAUGAACGUAUUUUCAAAUUGUACAAAGAAUUUACUCCCUGUGA